CCCAAUUCCCAAAUUAAGUGGAAGUUUAAUUGCUAAAGCUAAAGGCCUACUCGUCCGUUCCACUUCUGCGUACGCCCAAAAAACCAAACGCUUACGCAAAAAAAACCAGCCUGCAGCCGUCCGACUCCCAGGCUCCCAGCGCCUUUGUUGUCUUCUACGCCGAGCAAGUGAAACAAGAACAACGCAAAGCCAGGCAACCAGCAACUCCAAGUCUCCAACUCUACGCAGCCAAACUCUACGCCGAGUCGCCGAACAACGAAAAGUCUCACGGAUACAUGUCCCGUGCAACUGGCACGUACAAAAACUGCCAGGCCCUAAUCCAAAGCAAAGAACCGCAGCACCCAAUCGACAGAGUCACGGAGACAACAUCCAACUGUUCCGACGCAUCAUGCACCUUGGCACCUGACGCACAGAGACUUCAUCGCCGGACGUCGCCGUUGCUCGCCCGAUCCAGCGCUCCUCUGCUCUCAUCGCUGUCUUCUUCUCUCGAGCCUUGAGGACUCCAGUCUGCUUCUGCUCGUCUGCCUGGCUGCUCCUCUGCUAUGCCAAGUGAACUUGAUUUGAGCUAAGGAGAUGAACAUGACUAGCUUUUCUGAUGGAACAAGCGAAGAUGAGAAUUGUUUGGAUGAUCUAAUCGACGAUGAGAAUUUGAGUACAUAUACAUCUAGUGAUAUACCCAAAUUGCAGUUUAGGAAAGACAUCUCUAAAGCAAAGUGGAUCGAUAAAUUAGGAAUGAGUGAGAUUAUCGAGAGAAAGGGCCGUCUUUGGACAACCACAGGGAUAGUUCGCAAUGCAAAACUCUACAGUUCCGUUGAAGAGAGUUUAUAUUUAAUUGAAAUUGGUGCUUUGAAUCUCCUCAACCACAAUGAUGAAUGCAUAUCUCUCAAGGACAUGUAUAACAUGGUUACAAAUGCAAAGAAUGGAUGUUCUUGGGAAGCUUUUGAAGCUUACAGACACUUGAAGUGCCUUGGAUACAUUCUUAGGCGCCAUGGUGUUCCUUGGACUGUGAAGAGACCUAAAGUGAGUCCUUAUACCAUCCACAGCACAACAGAAGUUGAUUGCACAUCAAAUGCAAAACUAGAAGACAGUCAUCUCAUCUCUGAAGUGCUUACCAAUAUGGGCAUUGGUGAGCUGAAACCAGUAUUUGAUGUUUACCCUCCUAAUGCGAAAUUCAGAAAAUCUUCCCCGGGUGAUCCCUGCUUUGUACUAUGUGUUACUAGAGGAUCCCCACCAUCCCAACAAGAGAUCAAAGAUCUUGAGAGACGUUGCCAUGGCAUUCCUUUAAAAAUAUGUAACAUUGAACAUGGGCGUGUCAGUUUCUUCUCCUUUGACAGAGUGGAGCUUCCUGCACUUCCUUGACAUGUUUGCUGUGAUGGUGGAGAUCUGUGUUUUGAGAUGAAAGCACCAGUGAGCGUGGAGAGUAUUUACUCUCCAAAGCUACCAUCUUCUUGAAUAUCAAAGCUAUCACCAGUAAAAGGGAACCAUCUAGGGUGUUCUGUCGGAGACCAGGCCAGUCCAGAACCCAAAAUCUUGAAUCACAGCAUGGACUGAAGAAUACCUAGUCCUGAUAUCCUGGACAGGACAGGGUUGAAUAAACCUUGACCGUUAUUAAAUUUAUGGACAAAAACAUGAUUAAAGUUACUGUGUGUAUACCGUUAGGGAAAAAAAUAAAAAGAAAACAAAACGUUAGGAUUACUAUAAUGUAAAAUUGAACAUAAUCAUGUUGUAAAAUUACUAUUAUAGAUAUUAAAAUGGACAAAGUCAUGUUUUUAUCCACUAGUUUUAUUUUAAUCGCAUUCAAUUAUGUAUUAAAAAGACAUUAAAAGGAA